UUAUUUGGUUUUAACUACACAUUUAAACCAAACUGAACAGUUUCAGGUUGGAUAUUAAUAAUAUUCAUAUCUGAACGUUUUAUUUUUAUGUUUUUUCCCCUAGUGGCUGUUAGGUAACGCUAAAACAUUUGUGUGCAUGAGUCUACACAGUUUGCAGAAAUCAAGGCCAGCUGUGCUAAAGCUAACGAUUUUUACGUUUCAAACAAUAAAUGUUUUCAUUAUGUAAAAGACGUAAAUUAUGCCGUUUUUAAAAUCAAAGAAUGUUGCGAAGCAUGUUGCUAAUACAACGAAGAGCGGAACAUUUCCGUGUUAACCGAGGUGGCUAAGCUAGGCUAACGAGCCGUGACUGCGACGACUCUCCUGCGUGGGAUCGAGGCAAACUUAGCCUGACAGCAGUUUAUUCUUUUGGGGUUAUGGUGUACUUAGUUUGUCCAGGUUUAUUGCAGUAUAAAGUGCAUAUCACACACAUUUAUCUUUUUCAUAUUUGACUAUUUGUAUUUAUAUUCUGGUCAGGUUAGGUAUAUACAUUAUGUUUGUUUGAUAUAUCCUCUUUCUGUUACUUGUUGAUAAAGUAGUGUACCCGUGAGUUCCUUGAAAGAAACAGCGUAGUUUUAUAACCGCGUUUAUUUAUUCAUUUUAUUAAAAGUCUUUUUAAAUAAAAUAAAAAAACACCCCGUUUCCUGUCACUAGAGGGCCCUGUUACUGAAACGUGGAAACAUUAUUAUUACUGACAAGUUUAAAACGAUUUUAGGUUUAAUCAAGCCCUGAAAAGCAUCAAAGAUCAUAUUGACAUUUCCUUCUAAUUUAGACAAAAAAAUUCAUGCCUUACAUUUGUUAGCAAAUCCUCUAAUCUUUUGGACUGCGUUCAACUGCCAAUCAGUCAUAUUAUAAUUCUAUAUUUCAACCUCUUCUAACUUUGAACUGUAUGUGUGUUGCUGUGGCAGCUGUACUAAAGUAGUCUGCCUUUGAUGUGUGUUGCAAAAGCAGAAGUCCAUGGUGUAAGCUAACGCUCACCAAAACAACUUCAGUUGAGCCAAAUAUUCUCUCUGGUAGUUUGAAACAAAAGCUGUAUUAUGACUGCUAUCUGUUCACGUUUUCCCUUAUCUCUCAGUAUAAUAUUGUAGCAAGGGCUCAGUAAACAUGGAUGAAAAAGAUGACAGUUCCUUUGGCAGCAAGGAGAAAGAGAAGGAAAAACCGUUUUCCACCCGUGACAAAGCCAAAGAUGAGGCCAAAAUGAGCAGCAGCAAGAAGGAUAUUGGCAAAGAGGAGAAGAGGAAGCGCCAGGAGGAGGAAAAAAAGAAGAAGGAGGAAAAAGAGCGAAGGAAGAAGGAGGAGGAAAAACAAAAAGCAGAAGAAGAGCAGAAAAGAAAGGAGGAGGAGGAGAAAAAGCAACAGGAGGAGGAGGAGAGGAAACUUGAAGAGGAGAAGGAGAGGAAGCAAAAAGAGGAGGAAGCUGCUCUUCUAAAAGAAAAAGAGGAGGGCCAUCAGCUGCACCAGGAGGCCUGGGAGCGCAAUUCAAGCAGAAAAGAGCUCCGCAGCAAGAACCAGAAUGCCCACGAUGCUAGGCCUGAAGAGGCCUUCUUCAGCCGUCUGGACUCCAGCCUGAAAAAGAACACUGCUUUUGUUAAAAAGUUGCGAACGCUCACCGAGCAGCAACGUGACUCGCUCUCCAACGACUUUGCCUCGCUAAACCUCAGCAAAUACAUCGGCGAGGCCGUCAGCUCUGUAGUGGAGGCUAAGCUUAAGAUCUCCGACGUGGGCUGUGCCGUCCACCUGUGCUCACUUUUCCACCAGCGUUAUGCCGAGUUUGCAAUGCUGCUGCUGCAGGCAUGGAAGAAGCACUUUGAGGCCAGGAAAGAGGAAAAGGCGCCCAAUGUGAGCAAGCUGCGCACGGACCUUCGCUUCAUCGCUGAGCUCACCAUUGUUGGCCUCUUUACUGACAAGGAGGGUCUGUCGCUGAUUUACGAGCAGCUGAAGAACAUCAUCAACACUGACCGCGAGACGCAUACACACGUGUCCGUGGUGAUCAGCUUUUGUAAGCACUGUGGCGACGACAUCGCUGGUCUGGUGCCGCGUAAAGUGAAAGUGGCUGCAGAGAAGUUUGGCUUAUCGUUUCCUCCAAGUGAGAUCAUCAGUACAGAGAAGCAGCAGCCCUUCCAGAACCUUCUGAGAGAAUAUUUUACCUCACUGACCAAACAUCUGAAGAAGGACCACCGUGAGCUGCAGAACAUUGAAAGGCAGAACAGACGUAUCUUACAUUCCAAAGGGGAACUGAGUGAGGAUCGGCACAAGCAGUAUGAAGAGUUUGCAACUUCAUAUCAGAAGCUUUUGGCAAACACGCAGUCACUGGCUGAUCUGCUGGAUGAAAACAUGCCAGAGCUGCCUCUAGAUAAGACGGUGCAAGAAGAACACGGUCCAGGCAUUGAUAUUUUUACGCCUGGUAAACCUGGAGAGUAUGACCUGGAGGGAGGAAUCUGGGAAGACGAAGACGCUCGAAACUUCUACGAGAACAUGGUGGACCUGAAGGCUUUUGUCCCCGCCAUACUCUUUAAGGACAACGAGAAGAGUGGUCAUGCCAAAGACAAAGAGGACAGCAAAGAUUGUAAAGAAGGAAAGGACAGUGGCAGCACCACAGAAGAAUUGGAGCUGGAGCUGGAGGCCCUGGACAUAGCCGAUGAACCAUUGGAGCUGGAAGGAGCAGAUGAGGCAGAGAAUGAAGAGCUGGCCAAAAAACUUUUGGAUGAGCAAGAGCAAGAAGAGGAGGAGACAAACACUACGUCCCACUUGAAGCUCAUCGUGGAUGCCUUUAUUCAGCAGCUGCCCAACUGUGUAAACAGAGACCUUAUCGACAAGGCUGCCAUGGACUUCUGUAUGAACAUGAACACAAAGUCCAACAGGAGGAAGCUGGUCCGAGCUCUUUUCACCGUCCCCAGACAGAGGUUGGAUCUGCUCCCCUUCUACUCUCGACUGGUGGCAACUCUGCAUCCCUGCAUGUCAGACGUGGCUGAGGAUCUGUGCUCAAUGCUGAAGGGAGACUUCAGGUUUCAUAUUCGUAAGAAAGACCAGAUCAACAUUGAGACCAAAAACAAAACCGUCAGAUUCAUUGGGGAACUGGCCAAGUUUAAGAUGUUCUCAAAAACUGACACGCUGCACUGUCUGAAGAUGCUCCUCUCGGAUUUCACUCAUCACCACAUUGAGAUGGUCUGCACACUGCUGGAGACGUGUGGUCGUUUCCUCUUCAGAUCUCCAGACUCACACCUGAGAACCAGCGUCCUCCUGGAGCAGAUGAUGCGUAAGAAGCAAGCGCAGCAUCUGGACGCACGCUACGUGACCAUGGUGGAAAAUGCCUACUACUACUGCAACCCUCCACCGGUGGAAAAGACGGUGAAGAAGAAGCGUCCGCCGCUGCAGGAGUACAUUUGUAAACUCCUCUACAAGGAUCUGUCCAAGGUCACCACGGAGAAGGUGCUGAGGCAAAUGCGUAAACUCCCGUGGCAGGAACCGGAGACUAAAGGCUACCUGAUCUGCUGCAUGGUCAACAUCUGGAACGUCAAGUACAACAGCAUCCACUGUGUGGCGAACCUGCUGGCCGGUCUGGUGGCUUACCAGGAAGACGUGGGGAUCCACGUGGUAGAUGGAGUCCUGGAGGACAUUCGACUGGGCAUGGAGGUUAACCAGCCCAAGUUCAACCAGCGCCGCAUCAGCAGCGCCAAGUUCCUCGGCGAACUCUACAACUACCGCAUGGUGGAGUCAGCUGUCAUCUUUCGCACCCUCUUCUCUUUCAUCUCCUUCGGGGUGAACCAGGACGGCAGCCCCAGUCCUCUGGACCCUCCGGAGCACUUGUUCCGUCUGCGCCUAGUCUGCACCCUACUGGACACCUGUGGUCAGUACUUUGACCGUGGCUCCAGUAAGAGAAAGUUGGACUGUUUUCUCAUCUACUUCCAGCGCUACGUCUGGUGGAAGAAGAGCGGCGACAAUUGGACCAAGGACCACCCGUUCCCCAUCGACAUCGACUACAUGAUCAGCGACACCCUGGAGUUGCUCCGACCAAAGAUGAGACUCUGCUGCUCAAUGGACGAGGCUGCAAAACUGGUCUCUGACCUGGAGAGGGAGGUUCUCAUCAAACUGGGUAUGGCCAUGGAGAAAGAUGGCCGCUCCAGCGCCAUGAGCGAGGGAGAGGCCAUUGAUGAAGAGGAGGAGGAUGAGGACGAGGAGGGAGAAGCCGAAACUGAGCAGUCGGGCAACGAGAGUGAGAUGAAUGAACAAGAAGAGGAUGAUGGUUCUGAGAAUGAAGAGGAAGAGCGAGAUGAGGAAGAAGAGGAGAACACAGACUAUCUGACUGACUCCAAUAAAGAGAAUGAGACCGAUGAAGAGAACAAUGAGGUGACCAUCCGUGGAGGUGGACUGAAACACGUGGCCUGUGCUGAGGACGAGGACUUCAUCCAGGCUCUGGAUAAGAUGAUGCUGGAGAACCUUCAGCAGCGAAGCGGCGAGGCAGUCAAAGUUCAUCAGCUGGACGUGGCCAUACCUCUGCAGCUCAAGAGUCAGCUGAAGAAGGGCGGGGCCGGGCAGACGUGCCUCGGGGAGACCGAGUCCGAUGUCUCGGAGACCAUGCAAUUCGUCAUGUUGACACGCAAGGGCAACAAACCGCAGUACAAAAUCCUGAAUGUCCCGCUGUCAUCACAUCUGGCAGCCAAUCAUUUUAACCAGCAGCAGGCAGAACAGGAGGAACGUAUGAGGAUGAAGAAACUGACUCUGGACAUCAACGAGAGACAGGAGCAGGAGGACUAUCAAGAAAUGUUGCAGUCACUGGCUCAGCGACCGGCUCCUGCCAACACCAACCGCGAACGUCGGCCUCGAUACCAGCACCCGAAAGGAGCGCCUAACGCUGAUCUGAUCUUCAAGACUGGAGGAAGGAGACGCUGAUCACAAUCUGGACCACAGGCGAGCUACAAAGAGAGUAACGAUAAAGCUAGAGUGAAAAUGAGAGAGAAGAUCGGAGUGGAGACCGGUCGAAACCAGGGAAGGAGUUCCUCCAGAAACCCACUGACCUGCUGGGAAAGAACACAACCCCCUGACCUCCUGAAGACACACUGACCCUGCUGAGGCCUGCAGCCUGAGGAGUAGCGCCACCUCCAGGAGCCUGAGGAUCGGAGGAAAACGGGUCAGACAGACCACUCUCUCUCUUCAGGUUUUUGUCUGUUACCAGGGAAGGGGAAAAAACCCAACAAAAACACAAUAACCUUCUGGUAAUAUCUUAGAGACCAAACCAGUGAUGACCAGAAUGAUCAACGUGACGCCCCCUGCUGGGACAAUGACUUGUGUUUAAAAGUAAACAACUGAUAUCUGAAACUGAUUUUUAUGUUCUCAUCUGUGUUUUGGACCUGGAAGCAACAGAUUUUGCGGAGGAAGUACAGGAUAAAGAAGGUUUAACUCGACACAGGUGUUGUUCCGUGAACUUUGUCCAGGUUUGUUGGUUGGUGUGGUUUGAAAUUAGUGUCUAAAAUUUCUGGCAGCUGCUGUUGAGAAGAAGGAGAAAUCAUGGCGAGUGAGGAAAUAUUCUCAGCAAAGUAUUUUGAAGCUAACAUCAGGUGUUUCUAUAGAAUAAUGCAGCACAUUAGAUUUUUUUUCCUUAUAUAAUUUGUUACACUGAAACAAAGACACGACUCACUGUGUUGUGAGGACUCCACUCACUUCAACCUGUCUUUCACCCGCCAAAAAAGAAAAACAGAUUGUAAUACCCCCACAAAGCUAUGGGCCAUUGCGUAAUAUGUUGCAUUGCGUAAUCUGAAAACGUCUGCAGUACAAAUGCUGGACAGCAUUUCUUUGUAAACUGUUCACUCGCCAACACCAAAGUCCAUAAAAAAGUGGCAUUAGCUUACUGCAGUUAUGGAGCCAUUGCUGCAGGGGUCACCAAAUAUAUUUGUCGUAGAAUUGUUCUGGACAGACACCGUGGCGGCUGCACACUCAAAUAAAAUGAAAUUUUAAAAAAAAUCACAUUCUGCUCUAACAUCAUUACUUGAUGUGUAUUUAGAAAUCCAGACGCUAGCUGGAUUGGAUAGGUUUGGUGUUGCGGGCUGCUAGUUGAUAAUCAUUGAAUUGCUGCCUCCUUUAUUCAGGUCAAAUGUUAAUAUCUAUCUUAGCUUUUUUUUUUUCCAUUGUUUGGUUUCGCAUCAAUGACACAACCUGACCACUGAAGGCAGUAGUAGUCCAGUUCAGGAACUUCUUUGUCCCUGUGAGCUAAAUUCAAUGCUGUUCUUUAUGGACCUUGUUGCAGGAGGUGGUUUACAAAGCUUUUCAAAACUUUUUUGUUGGUAAAUUAGUAUGAGACGACGCCAGGUAUAAAACCGUGAUAGAGGGUUAGCUAAAGAAGGUCCAGUGUUUGACAUUUGUCGACAUCUACCUGUGAGAUUGCAGAAAGCAUCAACUGAACUGAAAAGUUAAGUCCUUCGGCAAAGUGUGGAAAAAUUUCAGCGGACUUGCAGUCAAAAUGCUAAUCCUGGUUUAACUGAGCACUUAAAUAAAUGUAAAACGGACUUUCUCAGGUUUUUGCCAGUAUUUUUUUGUAAAAGCUUCAAAACAAAAAAUAAUAAUCGGAAAAUAAAUUGGCAAAAAACAUUUUUCCCCAAAUUUAAUCUUUAUUGAAACUUGUUAGAAUCAUGGAAGCGUUUAAAUAAGGUUUACUGACGUGUAUAAAUAAAAAUAGUAUUUUGACUUCUGUUUCUUCCAAGACUCGUUUUAAUGUCGAAUUUUCUGACGUGGCAGUUUUUCUCUUAAUAAUCCUGUAUCUGAGACUCUCCUGCAGUGACCAUAAGUUCUCUGACUAUUCUUUGUCCUUUUAGCUGACAUUCAUCAGUGAACGUGGACAUUUUUUUUUCUUUGUAAUGCAUGAACAUUUCUGCAUCAACUCUUUCUUUAUAAAUCGCUGUUGAGCUCUUGAGUCUGGAUUUGUGAAUGUUUAAUUUUCCCUGUAACCUCUGACCGUUUCACAUCUCAGAUGAGAAUAAAACGUGAAGAUGA